AUGAGCAAAGAUGCGGAGCCCGGAACCGAGCAAGAAGACGGUCCCCUCGCCGAUCCGCUCGAGGCCGACGACGGCGGAGAGCGUCUCAUUGCCAAGGAACUGAACAGUCGCAAGGAUGGCCAGGAAUCGGAGCGUAAAGACACAGUGGCAGAGGACACCCACGAUACCCUCAAGUACCAGCUCCUCGGGCCCAGCUUAACGAAAGCCGGACAAGACUCUGUCGACCAGACAAAGGUCGCCGAAAUCAUCUACAACGCCUCCCGCGGGUCCAAAUUCUUCAACCACGAAGAGUCCCGCGACAAGGUCCUCACCGAAAAGAUUGACCGGAUCCUCGCGCGCAAGGACCGCCUCACACCCCAGGAGCUCGCCCGCUACCGCCGCGAGGCCGACGCCUAUCUAGAGCAGCUGGAGCUCACCCGGGAUCUGUCCCAGCACAUUGUCCACGUCGACUGCGAUGCCUUUUUCGCCGCCGUCGAGGAGCUCGACAGACCCGAGCUAAAGGACGUCCCCUUUGCCGUAGUACGAGUCCUCACCACCUGCAACUACCACGCCCGCCGCUUCGGCGUCCGCUCCGGCAUGGCCUCCUUCGUCGCCAUGAAACUCUGCCCCCAGCUCAUCCUCAUCCCCAACAACCACGAAAAAUACCGCGCCAAAGCCGCCGAGGUCCGCGACAUCUUCGCCGACUACGACCCUCGCUUCGAGAGCGCCUCCAUCGACGAGGCCUACCUCAACGUCACCGCCUACUGCGCCGCCCACCCGGACCCGGACACCGGCCAGCCCGCCGACCCCGCCGCCGUCGUCGACCGCAUGCGCCGCGAGAUCCACGAGCGUACCCGCGUCACCGUGUCCGCCGGCAUCGCCCCCAACGCCCGCCUCGCCAAGGUCUGCUCCAACCUCAACAAGCCCAACGGCCAAUACGUCCUGCCCAGCCACCGCGCCGACGUCGUGCGCUUCGCCGCCGACCUGCCCACCCGCAAGCUCUCGGGCAUCGGCCGCGUCAUGGAGCGCGAGCUCGCCGCCGUCGGCAUCGCCACCCUCGGCGACGUCUACGCGCGCCGCGACCUCGUCAAGCCCCUCUUUGGCGACAAGGCCUACGCUUUCCUCAUGCACGCGUACCUCGGUCUCGGCCGUACCCGCAUCCAGCCCGCCGAGGAGUACGUCCGCAAGAGCGUUGGCACCGAGCGCACCUUUCACGCGAUUUCCGGCCCCGACAAGCUCCGCGAGCGCUUGCGCAGGACCACCGAGGACCUCGAGGCCGAGCUCGCCAAGGCCGGCGUCCGCGGCCGCACCGUCGUCCUCAAGGUUAAGCUCCACACCUUUGAGGUCCUCACCCGCCAGGUCGUCGCGCCCCGGCCCGUCCACAAGGCCGACGACCUCUACGCCCUCGCCCUCCCCAUCCUCGCCAAGCUCGAGGCAGAGGCCAAGGCCGGCCAGCCAACCACCUCAGCGACAACCACCGCCACCGCCACCGCUACCGCUACCACCACUCCCGGCGGUGCCCCGCAACCCGUCACCAGUGGCCUCUGCAUCCGCCUCAUGGGCGUACGCUGCACCCACCUCGUCUCCGACAAAAAGCCCAACACCAUGGCCUUCUUCGGCCUCCGCACCGACGACGAGUCCCACCCCCACCACAACCACAACAACGACCCCCAAAUUCAUCCCAGACCUCGACGAAGACGGCUGGGAAAAGUGGCCCCCGCAAGACCUCGACCUCCCCUGCCAGACACCACCCUCGACUCCCCGGAAGCCACGACCCCCAACCCACAAGAAGAAGAAGAAGAAGAAGCCCGCUCCCCUCCCGCCCCCAGCCGCUGGGACUGCCCCGUCUGCGCCCGCCCCCAACCCGCCGACGAGCGCCUCUUCAACGAACACAUGGACCUCUGUCUCUCCCGCCAAACCAUUCGCGAGGCCCUUCACGACGAGGGCGACCUCGUCGACGCCCGUGAUCAGAUGCACCACGCGCAGCAGCAGCAGCAGCAGCAGCAGCGUGUCGCCCUCCGGCCAGAGUCGAAUCCGCACACGAUCCAAAAUGACGGAAAGACCCCGAUGGCGGCCCUUGAGCAUGACGCCCGCGAGAACGAGCCUGCUCAUGGCGUUCCACCCGCCCGCGAGGCUGACGGACGCGCGGGACAGGCCGAGGGACAGACCAACGCAGCAAUACGCCGAGACAACCUCGAAGGCGAGGUGGAAGAUGUUGACGGGGGACGGUGGAACUCUUCGUGGUCCAUGGGGUCCGAGUCCGACGCAUGGCCGCCGUAG